CAUUGGUUGACCGAGCUAGAGAUCUUUGCCAUGAUCUUUGCAGCAGCGGUUCACGACUACGAACACACUGGAACCACCAACACCUUCCACAUCCAGACCAGGUAAUAGAUUACUGAUCUAAUAGAUCCAGACCAGGUAAUAGAUUACUUAUCUAACAGAUCCAGACCAGGUAAUAGAUGACUGAUCUAACAGAUCCAGACCAGGUAAUAGAUUACUGAUCUAACUGAUCCAGACCAGGUAAAUAGAUUACUGAUCUAACUGAUCCAGACCAGGUAAUAGUAUGACUGAUCUAACAGAUCCAGACCAGGUAAUAGAUGACUGAUCUAACAGAUCCAGACCAGGUAAUAGAUUACUGAUCUAACAGAUCCAGACCAGGUAAUAGAUGACUGAUCUAAACAGAUCCAGACCAAGUAAUAGAUUACUGAUCUACUGAUCCAGACCAGGUAAUAGAUGACUGAUCUAACAGAUCCAGACCAGGUAAUAGAUGACUGAUCUAACAGAUCCAGACCAGGUAAUAGAUGACUGAUCUAACAGAUCCAGACCAGGUAAUAGAUGACUGAUCUAACAGAUCCAGACCAGGUAAUAGAUGACUGAUCUAACAGAUCCAGACCAGGUAAUAGAUGACUGAUCUAACAGAUCCAGACCAGGUAAUAGAUGACUGAUCUAACAGAUCCAGACCAGGUAAUAGAUGACUGAUCUAACAGAUCCAGACCAGGUAAUAGAUUGACUGAUCUAACAGAUCCAGACCAGGUAAUAGAUGACUGAUCUAACAGAUCCAGACCAGGUAAUAGAUGACUGAUCUAACAGAUCCCAGACCAGGUAAUAGAUUACUGAUCUAACAGAUCCAGACCAGGUAAUAGAUGACUGAUCUAACAGAUCCAGACCAGUAAUAUAUGACUGAUCUAUAACAGAUCCAGACCAGGUAAUAGAUUACUGAUCUAACUGAUCCAUUCCCAGGUCUGAAUCAGUCCCCUGAUUAGAAGGAGAGGAUGAAAUCCACACUGAGUUAAACAGAAAACUAAUUCAGUGUAUCUACAAUGGGAAAAAAUAUGUUUAGCUGAAACUAUGAGCAUGUCUCAGAUCAGACACAGCGAUCCUGUACAAUGACCGGUCAGUCUUAGAGAGCCAUCAUUCAGCGCAGCAUAACCGCCUCCUACAGGACGAUGUGAGAUCAACAUACUAUGCAACCUGUCUAACGACGACUGGA